AGUGUAUUAUUUGACAUCUACAAUUUUUGUUGAGCAAAACAUCAUGGUAAACAGAUUUGCUUUUUAAAAGUUUCCAAAACUAGUAGAAAAUGAAUGUUUUCAAAAGGGUUUGCCAAACUACAUCAUAUUUCUGCAAAAUAGGAGCAUUAUCUUCUGUCAAAUUAAAUAACGCCAUCAUAUUCUCAGGAGAAUCACAUUCGAUCCCGGUUUUGGCGAGGAAUUUUUCACUUACAUUGAAGCGUUUUGAUUUGGCUGAAUUUUUCGAAGAAAAGAAAAACUUGGGUGAAAAUGAAGUUAAACAUGGUCGAGCUUGGAAUAAAGACGAGUUGCGGAUAAAAUCGAACUCGGAUCUACAUAAGCUUUGGUUCGUGUUGCUAAAGGAGCGCAAUAUGCUACUCACCAUGGAGCAUGCCUGCAACGAAAAGGUUGAACUUUUUCCCAGUCCGGAGCGGCUAGACAAGGUUAACCUAUCGAUGAGUAACCUCGAAGAUGUUGUACGGGAGCGAAAUCGUGCUUAUUAUGAGCUCGAAACAGGUGAUACCGGAGAACGACCGGGAAAGCUGGAGCACAACCAGUUGGGUCUCAAAUUCUACUACCGUAUGUGUGAACACGUCAUUCCUAAGUACGCAAACAAAAAGUGGAAUGAAACGCGCAAGUUUUACUAUCGAGGUGCAGCCGUAACCAAAUUCUUGCGACUUUAUCGUGAAAAAUUAUAUAACGUUAAAAGGAAGAGUAGAAACCGGGACCGAAAUGAAGUAAUGCACUUGCUCAAACGAUUCCCGACCAUGGAUCGAGCGAUGAUCGCAGAAAAAUAUCCCGCCGUUGAUAUAGAUAAACUUCUGAAAUAUGAUAAAGUUCGAGGAAAUUACGAGCCAAUCAAGGUAUGAAACAGUUUUCUAAGUCGACCAAUACAAACUAUCAAUAUUUGUUAAUUGUCUAA